CUUUGUAGAGACCUGCGUUUACUCACAUAGAAGCACCAUGACCCUUUUUUAAAAUGUUAUCAUAGAUACCUAUUGGAAUACAGGAUUUACUUUUUUUUUAUUUUUUUAUUCCAAGUGUGUAAAAAGUCAACAUGGAGUGCAUUGGAGAGGUGACACCCCAGCUCAUGAUGGCCGUGGGCACAGCGGUGAUCGGCUCCCUCCAGUUUGGCUACAACACUGGAGUCAUUAAUUCCCCUCAAAAUACCAUUGAAAAUUUCUACAAUGAGACGUGGACCAGCAGGUUUUCUGAGCCCAUUUCUCAGAGCACGCUAACAGCUCUGUGGUCCCUCUCAGUGGCCAUCUUCUCUGUGGGUGGAAUGUUCGGUUCCUUCUCAGUUGGUCUCUUCGUGAACCGCUUUGGCAGGAGGAAUUCCAUGCUCAUGGCAAAUGUGCUCGCCCUUAUCUCUGCUUUGCUCAUGGGGUUCUCCAAGAUGGCUACCUCAUGGGAACUACUCAUCAUUGGGCGUUUUGUGGUGGGCUUGUAUUCUGGCCUGUCCACUGGCUUUGUGCCCAUGUACGUGGAGGAAAUCUCCCCGACGUCUCUCCGCGGAGCAAUGGGCACUCUGCAUCAGCUGGGGGUUGUUAUCGGCAUCCUCUUGGCACAGAUUUUGGGGAUCGAAUCCAUCAUGGGAAACGAUUCCCUCUGGCCACUGUUGUUAGGGUUCACUUUACUGCCAGCCGUUGUGCAGUCCGUCCUGCUGCCCUUCUGCCCGGAGAGCCCCAGAUACCUCCUCAUCAACUGCAACGAGGAGAGCAAAGCCAACAACGUGUUAGUGAAGCUCCGUGGCAGCGCCAACGUGAGCCAGGACAUGAUGGAGAUGAAGGAAGAGAGCCGGCAGAUGAUGGCGGAGAAAAAAGUGACCAUACUGGAGCUUUUGCGCUCUCCCGUCUAUCGCCAGCCUGUCCUUGUUGCUGUGAUGAUGCAGCUCUCCCAGCAGCUGUCGGGGAUCAACGCUGUGUUCUACUAUUCGACUGGAAUCUUUGCAAAAGCAGGUGUGUCCCAGCCUGUCUAUGCAACCAUCGGAGCAGGAGUGGUAAACACAGCCUUCACAGUUGUUUCUUUGUUUGUGGUGGAGCGUAUUGGGAGAAGGCCACUCCACCUGACUGGUUUAAUGGGAAUGGCAAUUUCGGCGGUUGCUUUAACUCUCGCUAUGGCCUUGUUGGAUCAGUUCAGCUGGAUGUCCUAUGUGAGCAUCAUAGCCAUCCUAAGCUUUGUAGCCUUUUUUGAAAUUGGCCCAGGCCCCAUCCCGUGGUUUAUUGUGGCAGAACUCUUCAGUCAGGGGCCACGGCCCGCUGCCUUCGCGGUUGCUGGCUUCUCGAACUGGUCUGCCAAUUUUGUAAUUGGCAUGAGCUUUCCCUAUGUUGAGCAACUCUGCGGGCCCUACGUCUUUGUCAUCUUCACUAUUUUCCUGCUGGGCUUCUUUGUCUUCACUUACUUCAAGGUGCCCGAAACCAAGGGACGUACUUUUGAUGAGAUUUCCGCAGGCUUCCGACAACCGACCGGUCGCGGUGCCGAUAAAUAUUCGGCCUCUGAAGAAUUCAACACACUCAGGGGGGAUGAUCCUGACCUUUAAAAGCUCUUCUCAAAUUUUCUACAUUGGGGUACACGUUUUAAUCCCAUUUCAUCUGGUUGUUAGGCCCAAGUUCCUACGAUGACUUCUAGUCCAUUCACAGACUGUCAAACUGGGUCGAGUCACAUGCUCUGUUCCGUUUUUGUGCUUUAAAGGAAAAAGGGCUUGUGUUUCACCAAUCACGCAAAUACAUUGUCAUUAUGUCAAUCCCACAAAAAUAAACCCCCUAGCCCUGAAAAGUG